CGAUAUGACGUUUAAUGCCUAAUUUAUUUUUCAGCCACGGAACAAGCCGAGACAACAACGCCUUCUCCCCUCGUAUGCAGAGAUAACGAAACUUUAUGUGCCAUGGCCGGAGGGCUUUGCCGAGAUGUCCAGGAGGGCUGUGAACAUGAUAGCGGCCUUGGUUUGUUUAUUCGCUGGGGCUGUGAGGGUCAUGCUACCUGUAUGUGCUGUGUGGACAGCAUUACAUUGCAAAAUGAUCCAAACUACGACCGCUGGUGCGUACUGGGGCAUAAGGGCGAGUGUCGGUACGUUGAGUAUGGUUGUGAAGGAGGCCAUUUUUUAACCGGGAAUGAAUGUGCUGGUGGUGAUAAGCGACUGUGCUGUGUCCGAGACACAUUGACCGAUACUGUCCAUAAAACCACACCAAGCAAAUUGUCGACAAUGAAGACACCGACGACGGAGACUGACGAUGCAAUGACAUCGUCGACGGAGACUGACCUGGACGAUACCAUGACAUCGACUGAGACCGAGACUUAGACACGAGACAACAAGGAUAUGGGUUGAAGACCUCGAAGACGGAAACUGCCGAUACAAUGGUAUCGACAGUGGAGGCUUUCUUGGUUAUCAAACAGCAAGUCAAUAGACCAUAUUUUGCUGAGAUAAUUUUACAAAAAUUGACCUUAUAUAAUCUGCCGUAUUUGUUGUGUAUUUCUUAUGAUCAACUGUAGGAGUGUUAUAAAUCGUUUAUGGACAUCGUAUCGAAAUUUUGAAUCUGUGGGGAAUAGCCUUCCUGUAUAUGUUUUGUCAUUUGGGGUACGAAAUAAAGAUAACCAUGCAGAUUUA